GCGCUUCCUUGGUACUGCAAGAGCUGCUGCGGGCCCUCGGGGAGACCGUGGUGGAAUCAUGCUGAGGCGCGGCAGUGUGCGAAGUGCAAGCUCGGCAAGGGACUGGUCUUCCAUGGCGUGCGCCAGCCCUCGGCCCCCUCCCAGCGGAGGAAGGGUCAUCAGGGCGGCGGCGGCAACGGCUACUGGGAUGACUCCGUCAGGGUGGCCCAGCUCAAGUCCGAGCUCGCAGAGGCCCGCAAGCGGCUGGCUGCGGUGCAGAGGCCGCCGCCUGGCGGGGAGGACGUGCAGAUGGAGCCGGCCGCGGACGGGGACGGCCCCGAGUCCGUCGCCAAGGACAGGCUGCGCGAGGUCGGCGACCUCAUCGGCAAGCUCAAGGGCAUCUCCGAGCCGUCGGUCGUGGCCACGCGCGACAAGCUGCUGGCAGAGCAGGCCGAGCUGCGAGCCAAGGUGGCGGAGUCCCGACCGCUCGGGCAGCGACUGCGCGAGAUGGGAGCUCAGUUCACCAGGCUGCAGAAGCUGCGCGACGACCAGCAGACCAAGCUCGAUGGGCUGCAGGCGCAGAUGCGCGACCUGCAGGAGAAGGAACGGCUCACUCGCGACAAGCUGGCGGCCAUCGAUGCAAGCAUGGAGGAGCUGGACCAGGAGCGCAAGAAGCUUCAAGGACAGGUUCCGACGCCAGGCGACAAGGCGUCGCUCGAUGAGCCGAUCAAGGGGGUUGGUGCCACGCUCGAGGGCCUGGGGAUCCUGCUUCAGAGCCUGGGCGCCGAUCACCAGCUGUCGGGCAGCCUCACGGCGAGCUUCCAGGAGUUGCAGAGGCUGCAGGAGGCGGAGGCGGCAAAGUUGGCAGCCCAGAAGGCGCAGGCCGAUGCCGGGGCCGAGGCUGGGGCCAACGUCGAGCAGGACGAGCGGCAGGUCGAUGCUGCAGCGCCACGCACACCACAGCCAACGGCCUUCUCCGACGACCCCGAUUUCAUGGAGGAGGUCGUCGCCGCUGGUGGCGAGAAGCACAGGCUGGAGGAGAUCUUCAUGCGUUGGGGUGCCAAGGAACAUCAUGCCAAGGCCGAGGGCGAUGCCUUGGCGAAGUUGCAGAAUAAGGUAAGAGCUGCUGGGUACCAUGGCAUUUGGGAGCCCGCUUUACCUGGGCAGGGAGUUGGCAGCAGAGGCGGGGUUGCGGUGCUGGCCCCUUUGCGGGUGGUCAUCACCAAACCCCCAGGCCUGGACAGCCACGUGCUGCAGGAAGGCAGGAUGAUGGCGGCCCAUGUCCACGCGGGGGUGAAGGGCGGCUUCGUCAUGCUGUCGUGCUAUUUCAUUGUGGACGUGAAGCUGUCGCCUGAGAACCUGGCCAUGCUGUACAAGCUGUACCAGUAUGUCAGGUCGCUUGAGGCCAUGGGCGUUCCGUGGAUCGUCGGAGGCGACUUCAACAUGGAGGUAGGCGAGCUCGGCCCGUUGUCCUGGCUCCAGUCGGCCAAUGGCGUGGUGCUGGCGCCGAGAGAGCCAACUUGUCUUCAGAGCCUUCCUGGCCGCACCAUUGACAUGUUCAUGGUGUCUUGUCGUUUGCUGCCUCGCGUUCGGCAACCAGUGGUCGUCGACGCGGAGACGUGGCCGCAUCUUCCCGUGACCAUGGAGUUCUCCGCCACGCCUUUCGACGCGAAGGUCAGGAGGCUAGUCGAGCCACGCGGCAUUCGUAGGCCGCCUGCGGCGGGGUGCGCGAGGUUCCCCCCCGACUGGGACCCGAUUUUGGCGAUCAUCCAGAGUGCGUCGGACAGCGAGGGCAUCACCAGGGCCUGGGACGUCGUGCUCAGCGGCAUCGAGUUCGAGCUGCGGGGCCGCUACGACCUCGUGAAUGACGUGGCGGAGUACUCCACGGUGCCAGGCCCCCCAACCUUCGAGCUGGCGAGUUUUCACCCUGUCGUGAAAGGUGCCUGGAGCAGGAGGUCGGCGGACACCCAGGCCUGGGCGCAGGCUGCGCGCUGGGCUCGUCACCUCAGGAGGGUUCGAGUGGCCUUGCAGAGCUUCGUGCUCCAGCUUCGCCCGCAGCAGGUCUUCGAGCUCGGCAGCGUCGGCGAGGCGCACGUCGACGGAGUGCCUGGCCUGGGCGAUGGUGCACCCCCUGCUGCGGAGGACCUAUCGUGGGACGCCGUGCACUCCAAGGCGGCGCGCCACCUGCUGGAGUGCGAGAAUUUCUUCCAGAGAAUCUGGCGGAGGAAGGGAGUCUGGCCGCACCUGGACGCCGAGGCCGUCGGCUUCUUCUCGCGUGGCAUACUUGCCUUAGCGCAGGCAGACUUCGAGCAGCAGGUCGACCGCAUCCUGAGUAUCUCCUCCGAUGCUGAGGCCAAGCAUGAGAAGGCCGUGAUGCAGAGCUGGAGGCAGUGGGCGCAGGCAGCUUUUGUGGCUGGAGCCAAGGGAGCUCACCGAUUCAUGAAGCCCAAG